AUGGCAAUAAGCCGCCUGACCUUCCUGUAUCCGAACCUGUUCCGCGCAGGAAGAGGAAGAGGAAGAACAGGCCGCUGGACCGACGUCGCUGCUUCGCUGGAGGCCCCUUGGGGCCCCCUCGCGACACUAGCUACUCGAAGACCACGCCCAACGCCGCCGCACUUCUCACCAUCUCCGUUUUGCUGCCAUCAUGUCGCUCCUUUCCAGGCAUCGCACGAGAGGAGGCAGGCCUCCUUUCCCAAGCGCGCCGGCAAGGCCAUAGAGCCCGAAUCAUUGCAGCCCAAACCCCCUCCUCCCCCUAAGCAAGCCCCAAGCGAUGCUGCAAAGGAUCAGCAAGGGACACAUGACGUCCCCAAGGCGGCGAGCACAGCGAAAAGCACCGAGCAAAACCCCCUCUCUUCGACCUCUCCGCUCACUGCCGACUCCCCCGAGGUCAUCGAGACCACUCCUCAGCAAGACAUUGCCGCAAUAGCUCAGGGCCCGAAAGGAUCUCCUAUGGACGAGAUCCUUGACAUGGGUCCUCCCCCCGACGGCAGCUCUGCGUCGUCAGUAUCACAAUCUUCGUCAUCUUCAACCUCAUCGUCUGAGUCUCCUGUCGACGACUCCACAUACUACAACCCUGCAGGAACGAACAAUCUCGUUCCCGUCCGCAAGCCACACUUGACGCCACGACCAUACGUACACCACUUCGACUCCUACACCUUAGUUAAGCAGCUCACAGGGGGAGGCUUCACACAGGAACAGGCGAUUAUCGUAAUGAAGGCGAUCCGCGGGAUCCUGGCCUCCAACCUGGACAUGGCGCAGAGGGGACUGGUGUCCAAAGCGGAUAUGGAGAAUGAGACCUACUUAUUCCGGGCGGCCUGCAGUGAGCUGAGUGCCGAGGUACGCAACAACCGGCGGCUGGCCGACGAGCAGCUGCGACAGCAGCGCACCAUGUUGCAGCACGAGGUCGACAUCCUGGCCCAGCGCCUUAACCAAGAGCUGCAGACCCUCAACGACAGCGUGCGUGGCAUGUUCAACGACCGGCGCAUGGCAGUUCGCGAGGAGCAGAAGGCGAUGGAGAGCAAGAUUCAACAAGUUAACUACAAAAUCAGCGUUAUGCUCAACAGUGAUGCGAAAUCCAACAUUGAACAGCUGCGCUGGAUCCUGAUUCGCCGCUCGGUGCUGGGCAUCAUCUUCAUGGCUGUCUCAGCCCUCUUCACGCUACGGUAUGCCACCUACAGGCGGCACCAACGGCAGAAGGAGGCUGAGGACCAUGCCCGGCAAGCCCGUGAGGCCCAGGAGCUAAUGAAGAAGCAUGAUCUGGGCAGGCCCGAUAUUACAGCUGAGGGAGAAGUGUUCUCACCAGGUUUGAAACCAUGA